UGAUUGCAACAUCUUCUGAAUUGUUCAGAGCAGAGCAUGUACUGAUAGGAAACUCUGGAAGGAACUGGAAUCAAUCUGAUGCUCUCUCACAACUUGAAGACUGACUCCCAGAAGAGCUGAGAUCUGGCAGACUCCAAAUGUGGUGGCUUUUAGCAACAUGUUGUAUGCUUUUUCCCGGACCCAUAGAUGGCUAUAAGCAAGAAAGCAUCACAAAUCCUGAAGCCAAUAUGAAUAUUAGUGAACUUAUUUCUUACUGGGGCUAUCCUUAUGAAAAGCAUGAUGUUAUAACAGAAGAUGGUUACAUCCUUGGAACUUACCGGAUUCCUCAUGGGAGAGGAUGCUCAAGGAAAACAGCUCCGAAGGCAGUUGUGUAUCUGCAGCAUGGCUUAAUUGCAUCUGCCAAUAACUGGAUUUGCAACCUGCCCAACAACAGCUUGGCUUUCCUUCUGGCCGAUAGUGGUUAUGACGUGUGGUUGGGGAACAGCCGAGGAAACACUUGGUCCAGAAAACACCUUAGACUGUCACCUAAGUCACCGCAAUAUUGGGCCUUCAGCUGGGAUGAGAUGGCUAAAUAUGAUCUUCCAGCUACAGUCAAUCUGAUCUUAGAAAAAAGUGGACAAAAGCAACUCUUCUAUGUGGGCCACUCGCAGGGCACCACCAUAGCAUUCAUAGCAUUCUCUACGAAUCCAGAGCUGGCUAAAAAGAUUAGGCUGUUUUUCGCACUAGCUCCAGUGGUCACAGUAAAAUAUACUCGAAGCCCAAUGAAAAAAUUAACCGCCCUUUCCAGGAAGGCUGUCAAGGUAUUGUUUGGUGACAAAAUGUUCUCCACUCACACACGGUUUGAUCAAUUCAUUGCUACCAAAGUGUGCAACCGGAAGUUAUUCCAUCAGAUAUGCAGCAACUUCCUGUUUUCUCUAAGUGGAUUUGAUCCCCAAAACUUAAACAUGAGUCGCUUGGAUGUUUAUCUGGCACAGAGUCCUGCAGGAACAUCUGUUCAGAACAUGCUGCACUGGGCCCAGGCUGUCAAUUCUGGUCAACUCCAAGCUUUUGACUGGGGCAAUCCUGACCAGAACAUGAUGCACUUCAACCAGCUUACACCUCCUGUGUACAACAUCACUAAGAUGGAUGUCCCAACAGCAAUGUGGAGUGGAGGACAGGAUGUUGUAGCAGAUGCUAAGGACACUAAAAAUCUGCUCCCUAAAGUUGCCAACCUUAUCUACUACAAGGAGAUUCCACACUACAAUCACAUGGAUUUUUACCUCGGACAGGAUGCACCCCAGGAAGUUUAUGGGGACCUAAUUAGAAUGAUAGAAGAAUCUCUGCAACAUUAAAGGCACUCUACUUUUGUAAGCAGGUGGAUGUCUUGCGGUAAUAAUGAGUCCGACCCUACAGUGACACCUCAGUAAUUCUCAACUUGUAUUGUCCCUUCUUUUACGUGAGGAAGAGAACUGAAUGUUCUUUGUAGUCUAUGGCAUUUGCAAAUUUGACAGAUGCCAUACCCCAAUAGGUUAUUCUAUUUGGCAAAGGUGAUAGAAUAGGAUUACUUCCUUACAUUAUAAGACACAACAUUAUGUUUAAGAAUUCUAAAGCAAGAGCUAUUUCUAUUGGCUUGAGACAAACAGAUUGUAAUGAGGAAGUACAUAUAGCAAGGGACAGUGUAUGGUUUCUCAGAGCUGAGGAUGAUCUCUGGCCAAUAACCAACAAGACUCAGGACCUUCAACCAGUCUACAGCCACAAGAAAAUCCAUUCUUCCACAACUCUGCCUGAGUGUGGAAGCCUAUUCUUUUAGUGAUAGCAGCCUGAAUUGCAACCUGUGAUUGCAGGGGCAGGGGCCUCCAGAUAUAACAUGCCUACAUUCCUGAACUCCAAAACAGUUAGUAGCAUAAUAAAUAUAUUCAGUUUUAAAUUGUCAACUUUAUUCUAAUCUGUUGUCAGCAAUAAUAAGUUAGCAACCAUUAAGAUAUAACAAAUAUAUAAUAAAUGUAAUAUUUGAUUUUAUUAAUUAUAUAGUGAUAUUGAUACCAUAACUUAAAACAUUACAAUCUUAUAAUUAUGUAACACUGUAUUACAUGUAGCAACACAUUUAUUACAGUAUGUUUUAUAUUGUUAUGUAAUUUCUUGAAAACUUAAUAUAAUCUCAUCUUGAUUUCACCUGAUAGCCUUUAGUGUAAUUCUCUCCCUUGACCGUUCAGUUGUAGGUUAUUAGUGACUGAAUUUUUCAGCAUGU